GUACUCUGUGUCUGUAUGUUAACAACAAUCCUAGGAUGUGUAUUUGGCCUGAAGCCUAGCUGUUCAAAAGAUGUGAAAACCUGCAAAGGUCGUUGCUUUGAAAGGACCUUUGGAAGCUGCCGUUGUGAUAGAGAUUGUGUGAAGCUUGGAAAUUGCUGCUUAGAUUACCAGGAAGCAUGUAUACAACCAGCCCAUAUAUGGACCUGUAAUAAAUUCAGGUGUGGAGAGAAGAGGCGACUAGAAUAUCAUUGUUCCUGUUCAGAUGAUUGUGUGGAAAAUGAAGAUUGCUGUGUCAAUUAUCAGGCUGUUUGUAAAGGAGAGGCAAGCUGGGUUGAAGAAGAGUGUGAGGACAUUACUGAACCUCAGUGUCCAAAAGGAUUUACCAAGUCUCCUGUGUUACUGUUUUCACUGGAUGGCUUCAGAGCAGAGUAUUUGCAGACUUGGGGUGGACUUCUACCUGUUAUUAGCAAAUUACAGAAAUGUGGAACAUACACUUCUAAUAUGAGACCAGUGUAUCCUUCAAAAACCUUUCCCAAUCACUACUCCAUUGUCACAGGGCUGUAUCCUGAAUCUCAUGGUGUAAUCGAUAACAAGAUGUAUGACCCCAAAAGAAAUGCAUCCUUCACCCUUAAAAGUGAAGAGAAAUUUAAUCCACAGUGGUACCAAGGACAGCCUAUUUGGCUAACAGCUAUGUACCAAGGGCUAAAAGCAGGUACGUUCUUUUGGCCUGGCUCAGAUGUAGCAGUUAAUGGUACCUUUCCAAACCUGUAUGAAGACUACAAUAGCUCAAUCCCCUUUGAAGAAAGGGUGGUAACUGUUCUUCGCUGGCUGCAGUUACCUGAAGGUGAAAGACCACACUUUUACACUCUGUAUUUAGAAGAACCAGAUUCCUCGGGCCAUAAGUUUGGACCAGUAAGCAGUGGAGUAAUUAUGGCAUUACAGAGGGUGGACAACAUAGUGGGGAUGCUGAUGGAUGGUCUCAAGCAAAUGAACUUGCAUAAAUGCCUGAACAUUAUUUUUAUAUCAGAUCAUGGGAUGGAAGCAGGGAGCUGCAGAAAAACAGCAUAUUUGAACAAUUACUUGGACGAUGUUCACGAUUUCAUAGUAGUACCUGGUCCUGCAGCUCGCCUAAGACCUAAUAAUGUUCCAGAUGAGUAUUUCUCUUUUAACUAUGAAGGCAUUGUCAGAAACCUUACAUGCAUAGAACCAAAUCAGCCUUUCAAAGCUUACAUGAAACAGCAGCUACCCAAGCGUUUCCAUUAUUCCUAUAAUGACCGGAUUGAACCCUUGCACUUUUAUUUGGAGUCCCAAUGGCAGCUUGCUAGGAAACCGCUUGAGAUUAAAAGCUGCACAGGUGGAUUCCAUGGCUCAGACAAUCGUUUCCCCAGUAUGCAGGCUAUCUUUAUUGGGUUUGGACCAGGAUUCAAGUUUAGUACUCAAGUUGAUCCAUUUGAGAACAUUGAAGUAUAUAAUUUAAUGUGUGACUUGCUUGAUUUGAAACCAGCCCCAAACAAUGGAACUCAUGGACGCCUAAACCAUCUUUUAAGGAAACCUGUUUACACCCCCCACCAUCCCAAAGAAGUAAGCCAUCCUUCUGAAUGCUCUGUGAUGGGACAAAGAGCUUUUUCAGUGAGCCUUGGCUGCUCCUGCAGGACAGGGGACUUGCCGAUAAGGGACUUUCAUCAGCGUUUGAAUCUCACUGAAACAGAAGAGAAACUUACUUUGCCAUAUGGACGGCCCAGGGUUCUACAGAAGCGACAUAAUUACUGCCUCCUAUUCCAUAACCGCUAUGUUAGUGGGUACAGCAAAGACUACAGGAUGUCUCUGUGGAGUGCAUAUACUGUUAACAAAGACGACAAAUGGGUUUCUGCUACAGAAGAUACCUUCAGCUGUUUACACAAGGAUGUUCGUAUUUCUUUUAAACAUAACCAGACAUGUUUGUUCUACAACAGUCAUCCUCGCUUAACUUACGGAUUCCUUUCUCCACCAAAUUUUAUGACAGAUGGAAAGAAACCUCACUAUGAUGCCUUGCUUACCAGCAACAUUGUGCCAAUGUAUCCUGCAUUUAAAGUGUUGUGGAACUACUUCCAUCAAUACCUGCUACCUGAAUAUGCGGCAGCCAGAAGCGGUGUCAACGUAGUCAGUGGUCCUGUGUUUGAUUAUGACUCUGAUGGGCUCUAUGAUACCCCAGAAAAGGUGAAAAGAAAGAUCUUUUGUUUCAGACAUCCCGGUAAUUCAGAGGUUCCAGUUCCAACUCACUACUUCAUUGUGCUGACUACUUGUAAAAAUACUUCUGAAACUCCACUGGAGUGUGAAGGGUCUCUAGAUGCCUUGUCUUUCAUUGUACCUCACAGAGAAGACAACAGUGAAAGCUGUGCAGAUGGCAAGACUGAGUCCAUGUGGGUUGAAGAGAGGAUGAGGUUUCAUACUGCUCGGAUCAGAGAUGUAGAAUUACUUACUGGACUCAGCUUCUAUCAAGAGAGAAAACAGCCAGUAUCUGAGAUUUUACAGUUAAAAACAUAUUUACCAACUUUUGAAACGGAUGGGUACAUUUAUGAAGCAGACGAUGCUCAAGGAGGGUCUGCCAGGGGCUCUUGUUCUGCUGGCAGUUCAAAGCAUGGCAACAGGCCAAAGCAGAAGAGAAAUGGGAUCGGUGAGACCUCGUCCUGCGACAUGCAGCUGGUUCCAGAGGAGUCUUAA